AUGACGGUACAGACGGAGGGGGAAAAGGAUACAGACACAGAUGCCGGUGGUGAAUUGGACGAGCAUGGUGGGACUGCACAAGCCGCCCUGAGUGAGUCGAGCGCUGUAAAGAAGUGCCGUCUUGUGGUGGUAAUUGGUAGCCUCUGGCUCGGAACUCUGCUUAUGGCACUUGAUGAAACCAUGAUCGCUACCAUCGCGACGCCUAUUGCCAGCUCUCUAUCGGCGACGUCGAGCUUUUCAUGGAUCACCACGGCCUAUGUCAUCGGCAGCACCGUGUCACAGGCUAUUGGCGGGCACCUGGCGAACGUGUUCGGGCGCCGCAAGGCUCUGGCCGGGAACUAUUCUCUCUUUGCUCUGGGUACACUGUUCUGCAGACUGGCCCUGGGAGGUAAGGCUUAUCUUAUGUGA